UUAGGGUAAUCUAAACCAAACACAACUAUCUCUAUGCCUUUGUAAACUACUUAUCUCGGUGAUUAAGUAGUAAAAUCUCUAUCUCUAGUGCUUUUAGAAUUGGACCUACGGUCGGGCGCUCCUAUAGAUAACGGUGUGCCAAAUAAUGCUCUUAAAAAUCCCACCAGCAUAGAGGAAAGCAGUUGAAAGAGCGGGCGAACCGAGCAAAGUUUACUGACCGUUUUCACUUUUAUAAAGUAAGAGCCGCCGCCGAUGAAGCUUCAGUCGGCGAUCGGUUCUCUUGGAAGGCAGUUUUGCUCUGGCGAUCACUAAGUUACAAUGACCAGCACACCCAAAUCCAUAAUUCCCGCUACCGUUAAUCCCGACUUGCAAAAGGAACGCGAUGGAGCCAGCUUUAGCAGCGAGGAAUUUGCCGCCUGGUGGUCUAAGGGCGAGAAUGUGCUAAAGUUCAACCGGGAAGUCCGUGCAUAUAUGCAGAAGGAUGUGGACCAGGGCGAGAUGCUGCAACUGCAGGCUAAGUCGCAUGUGGAAAUCAACGAGUUUAGCCAGCGCAGCGCCAUCGAAGCGGCUCAGAAGCUGCGACGCCUGCAGCAGGAGCGCAAUCCAGGAGGAGACGAUUACUGGCCUAAACUCUAUGAUCACCCUGUGAUGUGGGGCCUCGUCCCUGGUGGCAAUCCCUUUGGCGUGAUGUACGUGAUGCUGGUCAAGGCCCUGCAGGCACAGUGCACUCCAGAGCAGUACGAAGAGUUCGGCAAGCGAGUGGAGCGCUUUGAGAUCUGUGGCACUUAUGCCCAAACGGAGCUGGGACACGGAACCUUCCUGCGAGGCCUGGAGACCCGGGCAGACUUUGAUCCCAAGACGGAUGAGUUUGUGCUGAAUACGCCCAAGCUCUCCUCCUACAAGUGGUGGCCAGGAGGCUUGGGUCACUCCUCCAACUACUGCCUUGUGAUGGCUCAGCUGUAUAUCAACAACCAGUUCAAAGGACCGCACAUGUUCUUUGUCCAGGUGCGCGAUGAGGAGACGUUUGAGCCGCUUCCCGGUGUCCACAUCGGUGACAUUGGCAAGAAAAUGGGCUUUAUUGGUGUGAACAAUGGUUUCCUUGGACUGAAGAACGUCCGCAUUCCUCGCACUCGGAUGCUGAUGCGACAUGCCAAGGUCAAUGCCGAUGGAACCUAUGUCAGCAGUCCCACAAAUGUCCUCACCUACUUUGCCAUGGUGCGCACGCGCUGCGUGAUUGCAAAGAAUAAUGCUUAUGUGCUGGCAGCAGCCUCCACCAUUGCCACCAGAUACUCGGCUGUGCGUCGCCAGAGUCCCAUUAAUCCGAAGGAACGUGAACCACAGAUCAUGGAUCAUGUCACCCAGCAGAUGAAACUCUUCCCUGAGAUUGCCACCAGCUUGGCUUAUCACCUGGCCAGCGAUUAUUUGUGGAAUCUUUACGAUGUGACCCUGUCGGAUAUAGAAAACGGCAAGUACGAGCGCCUGCCGGAAUUGCAUUCCUUAUCGUGCGCCCUAAAGGUGACCUGCUCCUCGGACUCUGCUGCCGGAGUGGAGAGAUUGCGUCUGGGCUGUGGAGGCCAUGGUUACCUCUCCUCGUCCAACAUGAGCAACCUCUAUGUGCUGGCCACCGCAGCCUGCACUUACGAGGGUGAGAACACUGUGCUCCUUCUCCAGAUUGGACGCUUCUUGAUGAAGUCCUGGCGCUCGGCGUUGAGUGGAGCACCUUUGGCGCCCACCGUUCAAUACCUGGCCGAAGUGCAAAAGAAUCCAGAUUUUGGCACCUGGACAGGCAGCUGGGAGAACAUGGUGAAGGCCAUGAAGUACACAGCAGCCAAUAAGACUCGCUUGGCUUUCAAGAGCCUUUCGGCUCGCUUGUCAAGGGGAGAAACCGAGGAGAAUGCGGCAAAUCACACAGGGAUUGAAUUUACACAGGCAGCUGAGCUUCAUGGUCGCGCGUUCGUGUUUUCCUCUUUCACCGAUGAGGUGACUGGACCCAAGUCCAAGACCCGAUCUGCAUCUCUCAAUCGAGUUUUGGAGAACCUUUUAGAGCUGUAUUUGGUCAAGGAGACCCUGAACCAAAUGAGCAAUUUGCUGAGGUUUAUUCAACUGACGGAUACGGAUCUACGCAUCCUGCAGGAUCGUUUGGAAACCGUGCUGACCAAGCUGCGACCAGAUGCUGUGGCCAUUGUGGAUGGCUUCGACUUCAGUGACCUGCAGCUGAACUCCACCCUGGGAUCGUUCGAUGGCAAUGCCUACGAGCGCAUGUUCGAUGCUGCUCUGAAGACCCCAAUGAACCAGAAAUCAGUACCAAAAUCCUUCAAUGAGCUGCUCAAGCCUUUCAUGAAGUCAAACAUCUAAAUUAAUCUGUAAUAUUUAGUGCCUAGCACGAUGAGUAUGCAAUAUUAUUGUACCCUUUGUAUUGGUGUUUUUUUGCGAAAUUAAAAAUA